AUGUGUACACCAAAAAGGGCACCUAGAAUAGAAAAAUUAUCUAUGCAUACUAGUACAUUAUUAUUAAAUCAAUUACCAUAUAAAUUGAGAGAUACAGGUGCCCCUUUAAUUUCGUGUGAUAUUAGUGGAUCUAUUUUUCAAAAUGUAUUACUUGACACUGGUGCUAGUAUUAAUUUAUUACUUACAAGUAUUUGUGAUAAAUUUAAUAUUUUUGAUCUUAAACCUUCUACUGUUACCUUACAAUUUACUGAUAGAUUUAUAAAAUAUCCUAAAGGUAUUUUAGAAAAUGUGAUAAUAAUAGUUAAAGAGUGUAAAUUUUCAGUUGAUUUUGUAGUGCUGGAAAUGAAUUUUAAUGGACAGUUUUAUGAUACACCAAUCAUCCUAGGGAGACCAUUUUUGCAUACAACAAAGAUGAAUAUUGAUUUUCCCAUAGGUAUUGCGAUGUCAUACCAUAGAUCUUUUAGAUGA